CCCAAUUAAUCAUCGUCGCUUCAAUCAAAAGUACCGAUUUUUGAGAUUUUGAAACAGAACACCGAAGUCUCUCAAAGACUCAAACUUUCAGUUACCCCAUCUGUCUGCCUCGUAAGCUGCUCGCUUUCUAAUGUUCUGUCUUCUGGGGGAAUAUAUUUUUUAAGGAAUCAUCGAUUUGAGAGGUCCAAAGAUGCAGAAACUGGCUGAUUUCAAGCUUCCUCAGUUCUUCAAUUAUCCUCCAUACUUCACGUUGCAGCCUGUGAGGGACACUCGUGAGAAGCAGAUACAGCUCUGGAAAGAGCUUAUUUUGGAUUACUGCAAAUCCCAAAAGACUUUCUUGAUUUGCGUUGAAGAGGAUUUCCCACUCUUCUCAAACUCUGCCAUUGAUAGAUCUCUAAGUCAUGAAGCAAAGGAAACAUUUCUCUCAGCCAUUGUUGGAGAAGGGCGUGCUGAGUGGUUAGAUAAAGGCCAUAGGAAAUGUCUGAUUCUGUGGCACCGGAUUCAAGAUUGGGCAGAUAUUAUUCUUCAGUUUGUGAGAGAUAAUGGAUUAGAAGACAGUGUUAUGACUGUUGAAGAGAUUCGUUCAGGGACUGAAUCACAUGGAACAGAACUUCAAGGGAUAGAUCGAACCAUUCUAAUGAGGGCCUUAAAGCUUCUAGAGAACAAGGGAAAGCUUGCAUUGUUCAAGGGAACAUCAGCAGAUGAUGAAGGUGUCAAGUUCUCUGUCUGAUGCUACUCUGUAUAAAACUUUUGGUAAUAAUUUCUGUUGGAAAAUCUUACGAACCAAGGACAAAAAAAUUGGAGAAACAACUCUUUUUGUAUUCUGAUAACACUCAAUUCUCUAAUCACACUUUUGGAUUCUAUAAUAUAAGAAUAGUCUCUAUACAUAAAACGCUAGACGCAAUGCGUGUUGAAAACUUCUCUGGUGAAUAAUCUCUACAAGUACUUGAACAUAGUGCGGCCAUCUGCACUAGGCUUCAAUGCUUGCAUACCCCUUUUCCUGAAGACCUUUUGAUUCUGCAGUUUCUUGAUUAUCUGUCACAAAGGACACUUACCUUUUCACGGGUGCUGGCUUCCUUUUGCUUCUUGACAGAAACUACGAGUUCUACAUCAACUUUGCCUUGAGGACGGAUCUUAACGUCCAUCGACAUUGCGUUUGGUAUUUGCGUUCUUCCUCCUCCUGUCCAUGUACCUAGCUUGGAUUUUGGUUUCCUGCAUGUUUUUAUUGAACAUAGAUUUUUCAGAUUACCAAAAAACACAAAAAAAUUUUAAGCUGA